AAUAGGUUAUCUCCCCUUUUAGUACUGUAAAUUUUAGAUUUCUUCUCCAAGUAUAGUGCAAUGUAUUUACGUAAAAAAUCUUAAAACAAUUUAAAAAUUGUAGAAAAAGGCUUACAUGCAUUGUGUUAUGUGUAUUAGGCACAAUAAGUAUAUAUAUAUCAAGGAUCGCACUAGUAUGACAUGUUGACAAAUUACAAACAUCCAAAACAUUGUUUACCUUUUAUUAUAUUUUUUAUGUUUCUAAUUGCUUUUGUUUAGAAAGCAUUGUAAGUUCGGAAUUUCCGUUUAAAUGCCUUUUAAACGUGUGUAUAUCCAACUGUGAUACUUACUUCUUUUAAUUAAUGCAGUGUAUCACAAAUUAAAAAACCCCUUUGCUAGACCUAUCGAUUGGAAUAAUUAUGGAGCCAAGCAAAAAAGAAACUCAUCACCUUUUUCCUAAGUCUAUCUUUUUCAUUCUUGGCAAUGAAUUCUGUGAAAGGUUUUGCUUUUAUGGAAUGCGCACAAUUCUCACAAUUUACCUCACCGAGCGUCUCCUGUUCAGCGAAGAUACUGCUACCAUGCUUUUUCACGUGUUUGCUAUGCUCUCCUAUUUCACACCGAUUUUGGGUGCUAUAGUCGCCGAUACCUGGCUAGGAAGAUUCAGAACCAUUUUUUAUGUUUCGUUUAUUUAUGUGCUUGGAGUUAUUAUGAUUUCUGUCGGAUCUUUUCCAAACAGUCUGCAGAUUAUGAAGGUUGUCAGUCUUCUUGGAUUGGUAAUCAUCGGCAUUGGAACUGGAGGAAUAAAGCCGUGCGUAUCGGCAUUUGGAGGAGAUCAGUUCCAUAGCGAUCAGGUUAAAGAGCGGGAACAUUUCUUUUCGAUAUUUUACUUUUCAAUAAACUUAGGAAGCCUCCUUUCUACUCUAUUAACUCCUAUUCUUCGAGCGGACGUGAGCUGUUUCAAUGAAAACACUUGCUACCCUCUAGCUUUUGGAGUACCGGCUAUACUAAUGAUCAUUGCAGUGGUCUUCUUCGUUUUAGGUAAAUCUCGUUAUAUUAUAAAAGAGCCAGAAGGAAAUGUGUUGCCGUCAGUUCUUGGAUGCAUAUUUCGUGGAAUAUUAAAUAAAUGGGAAAGCACAGACAAGGAGAAGAAAGCACACUGGUUAGACUACGCCGAAGAUAAAUAUGAAAAAUCAUUGAUCUCUGAUAUUAAGAUCUUGUUGCAUAUUUUAGUAUUGUUCAUUCCACUACCCAUUUUUUGGGCCCUUUUUGACCAAACAGGUUCUCGAUGGACGUUACAAGCAACAAAAAUGAAUGGGGAACUGUAUGGAAUUAAUAUUAAACCCGAUCAGUUGCAAGCUUCGAAUCCUGUGUUUAUUAUAAUUUUUAUUCCCCUUUUCCAGUAUGCUGUAUAUCCUUUACUUGGGAAAUGCAAUAUUCUCACGAAGCCACUGCAACGCAUAACCUUAGGGGGAUUUCUUGCAGCCCUUGCUUUUGUCAUGGCUGGAUUUCUUGAAAUUGGUGUGGAAGGUACACUUCCCGUGUUACCAGAGCCUGGAUAUAGUCAACUAAUCGUCGUUAACUUAAAUCCAUGUUCUGUCAAUAUCACUGGACCUCAGAAUUAUCUCCUUAAAGCAAACGAAAUGACAACUUUUAGCAAUCUGAAAUUGAAACAUAAAGACCAUUGGACUUUUUCAACAGUAGCUGAUCAGACAGCCGGGUGCGCCAAUUUAAGUGAAACUGUAGAAAUCGUAAACUCCAACCCUAUCCAGUCUACAUUUUUAGCCGUUGAAAGUAACAAAAUUCAUGUUCAAACAGGUUCAGAUCAAAAAGCUAAAUCACGUCAAGGGUUUGCACAGGUAAGAGUAUUUUUUUCGAUUCAGAAUUUAUCUAAAAAUGCGACAUUUGAAUUUAAAGGGCACAGAGCAUAUCUCUUUUCACAUGACAAUGAAACUGGAAAUAAUGACAUUGGUCGGACAGGUUAUAUCCCUAUGGAGCCUGGGAAAUAUGAAAUUUAUUUAACUCGUAAUGAAAGCUCUCAAACAGAAAUCUCAAUUGGUGAAGCUAAAUUUCAUUCCGGUGGCACAUAUAUAGUUGGAAUAGUGAAAAAUACUACAUAUUCGAAUUUCCUCAUUACCACAACGGUAAACCCUAAUUCUCUUCACAUUCUUCUACAAAUACCACAGUACUUCGUCCUUACUGCAGCAGAAAUUAUGUUUUCCAUUACAGGAUUAGAAUUUUCAUAUUCACAGGCUCCGCUUUCUAUGAAAUCAGUCAUACAAGCAGCGUGGUUAAUGACCGUUUCACUAGGUAAUGUAGUCGUUGCUGUAGUAGCUGAAGCAGAAAUAUUUAAAAAAAAGUAUUGGGAAUUUUUUAUGUUUUCUAUUCUUAUGGCAGUGGAUAUGCUUGCUUUCGCUAUUUUGGCCUACUUCUACAAAUAUAUUAAAGUUAAAACUCAGAGUCAGGCAAAACCGUUGAAGAAACAUAAAAUAAAUGACGUUGCUGAAGCAGCAGAAUCUGUAAAAGAGCCUUUCAAAGAAGGAUCUGUAAAAGAAGAACCCGUGGAAGAAGAAUCUACAAAAGAAGAACCUGUAGAAGAAGGAUCUGUAAAAGAAGAGCAGUUAAAAAAGGAAUCCCUGGAAGAAGAACUUAAAAAACUAGAAGCUGUGAUAGAAAAAUCUCUAAACGAAGAAUCCGUAAAAAAACCUAAAAAAGAAGAAAAAUGAACACUUGAAGGCUGGAAAAAAUUAAAAUUAAAAUAUACCUUUUUUUGGCUGUCAUUAAGUUUGAGUUUUAAAUAUAUUAGUGUAAGUUGUUAUCUUGUAAAUAUAUUUGAGUCACACGUGCUUUCCUUAACUUAAAUGUUUUGAUGUAUAAAAUUAAAUGUCUUGAUGAUAAAGAAUUUGUGUCACAUAAUUUACCGCCAAAAAUACAUAGAUGAAAUUGGUACAAGUGUUUUUGAAAAAUUUAAUUCUCACAACUGAUAACACAUCUGAACAAAAUAUUUCUAACAUACCUAUCGAAAUAAAAAGAGCUGUUUUUAAAAUAAACACCAUGAUUCAUUCUCAUACUGUUGCUUUUCUUCAUUUUAACGACUUUUGUUGCUAUAAGUACUCAAAAUUCAACUUCACAGGAAUAAAACUGACAACAAAACAGCAGCUUAUAAAACUUUCUAAAUAAAACUGUUCGUAUUGUUUACAGGUCACCCAUAGACCUCAUGUUUUGUUUCUAAGAUAAAAUCAGUUCCAUUCUAACGAUUAAAACACAGUUUACGCUAAUCACUGAAGUUACGACGAAAGGGAGCGAAGACGGGGGGAGAGAAAAAUUAAAAGAGGUCGAUUUAUCGGACUUCCAUUAAUCUUGCAGGAAACACAUGCUAUCGAUUCUUUUGUGUCAUUUGCUGGGGAUAAAUGGCUAUUUCAAUAACUUUGGGCUAUAGCUGUAGUGUUUCAUUCUUGGGUGAAAACACGUGUUCUCAGCGUGAUCGCCAUUCAGAAGAUUUGCCCUGAUUUUGUGUGUUUAAUGCAAAACAUGGAAAGAGAUUCAUUUUCUAGAAAUAAAAUGCAUGUUUUGGGUAAAUAGCAAUUAGUUUCAUCUAAAAUGUGACAAUAAAAUCAGUUUAGCACACGUGACUCUCUGAAUGAAU